AUGUGGAGGCCUGCCACUCGCGAAGUUACUGGCACAAAUGAUACGCCGUUGGGCAAUCGACGUCGGUUCGGUCCUGCGCCUGUGGAGGAGACCGCGCCUCCUCAACUGGCCCAGCCUUCUCCUUCUGCCUACCCUCGUCCCCCUCCUCAAAGCGACCGAGAUAGCUCUAGGCAGGAUCGAGGAGAGACUCCAUCGUCUACCAAUGGAGCUGAUCCUAAUGCACCUCGCAAGCGUCGCAGUCGCUGGGGUGAUGCUAAGACCGAGAUUCCUGGGCUGCCCACCGCCAUCCAAGCCAAUGGUGUUUCCCAGGCUCAUCUGGACAAUUACGCCAUUCACCUCAGGUUGGAAGAGAUCAAUCGCAAACUGAGACUCAAUGACUUUGUCCCGCCCGAGCGGGAACGAUCGCCAUCCCCGCCUCCUACCUACGACGCGCAUGGUCGCCGUACUAACACCCGUGAAGUCCGCUAUCGCAAAAAGUUGGAAGACGAGCGCAUUCGCCUUGUCGAUCGUGCCAUGAAGAACGACCCCAACUUUCGGCCCCCCGUCGAAUACCACCAGCAGAAGCGGUCUCAACGCCCCUCCGAGAAAGUCUACAUUCCGGUGAAGGAGUUCCCUGAGAUCAACUUCUUCGGUCUACUUGUUGGACCUCGGGGGAACAGUCUGAAGAAGAUGGAGAGGGACAGUGGCGCGAAGAUUAGUAUCAGGGGAAAGGGGAGUGUGAAGGAGGGCAAGGCUAGACCAGAGCAGUACGCCGAGGACGCCGAGGAAGAUCUUCAUUGUCUUGUCACUGCUGACACCGACGACAAGGUGACUCUUUGUGUCAAGCUGAUCAACAAGGUUAUCGAGACGGCUGCGUCCACUCCCGAGGGCCAGAACGACCACAAGCGCAAUCAGCUUCGCGAGCUCGCCGCCUUGAACGGAACCCUUCGCGAUGACGAAAACCAGAUCUGUCAAAACUGCGGUGGUGUUGGUCACCGCAAGUAUGACUGCCCGGAGCAACGUAACUUCACUGCCAAUAUUAUCUGCCGCGUGUGCGGAAGUGCAGGGCACAUGGCCCGUGACUGCACAGUUAACAGGGACCCGAAUGUCGUUCACAGCCCAGACCCACCUCCCAUGAAGGGUGGCUUCGAUUCCGAGUACGCCAGUCUCAUGGCAGAGCUGGGCGAGUCCGGGAAGGGACCUGGGGGCGACAGUGGAAGGGCACCAUGGGCAGGGUCUGCGGGUCAUGACAUUACAGCUGGUGGAUCUAACAUUCCUCCUUGGCGCCGUCCUGAGGUCUGGCAGAGCAGUGCCCUCCCUAACCCGCAGAAUAACGGCUACCGUCCCCCUCAAACGCCAUACGCCGGCUACGGCGCUCCCGCUAGUGGUGGCUACCCCGCCACUGCCACUGGGCAACAAUGGGGUGGUCAAGCUGGAUAUGGUCAAGCCGGCGGUUACUACCAGCAGCCCACAGAUUACGCCGCUAGCUAUGCUCAAUACUACCAAAACCAGUACUCUCAACAAGCCGGUACCCCGGCCAAUUGAUGCGAUUUCGCGUUCUAACCCCCGCUCGAUAAACUUACUUCCGCGACUUCUCCAGCUUUCUCACCCAGCGCAGAAGCACUUGUCAAGGUUUCGAUUUCGGACUUUCUGUUCCGCUCUGACGGCUCUGCAGUCAUCGAUUAAACUCACCUCACUACAUCCGAUCGCACGGGUUUGUAUUCGAUUGUAACUGACCGUCGGGAAUAAUUCAGCGCGCUCCACUUGUGGGUAUCCGAGAUGUAGCUCACGGUUGUCUUAACUCUUGCAUUUGUAUUCUCUAACUAAAAUGCCAUUCGUGUGACGU